GGCGAGGCGAAAGGGGAGCGGCGGGGUUAGAAAUGACCAUUCGUCUGUGGAAGAACUUACUUCAAACUACAAAGGAAAGGAUACUACAACAGAGAAGGUUGUCACUAUAUAACAGUGCUCAUGGUUAUGACGAAGAAUUGAUAAAGAAGAAACUUCAGCAGUUUGCUGGUGGAUCCAUCAAGCUCUCCAAGGAAGACAAUGGCAUUGGAAUACUUACUUUGGACAACCCAAAGCUAAUGAAUGCCUUUACAGGUACUAUGAUGCUAGAACUUCAGGACAGGGUAACUGAACUGGAAAACUGGAAGGAUGGCAAAGGCCUUAUCAUCUAUGGUGCAGGAAACACCUUUUGCUCGGGAUCUGAUUUAAAUGCCGUCAAAGCAAUAUCCAACUCCCAGGAUGGGAUGAAUAUGUGCAUGUUUAUGCAAAGCACUUUAACCAGACUUCUGAGAUUGCCUUUAAUCAGUGUUGCACUAGUCCAAGGCAAAGCUAUUGGAGGAGGAGCUGAACUUACCACGGCUUGCGAUUUCAGGUUGAUGACACCUGGGAGUGAAAUUCGGUUUGUCCACAAGCACAUGGGCCUGGUGCCAGGCUGGGGAGGAGCCGCCCGGCUGGUGCACAUCGUGGGCAGUGAGGCUGCCCUCCGGCUGCUGAGUGGGGCUGCCAGCGUGGGCCCUGAGGCAGCUCUGCACCUCAGGCUCUCUGAGCAGACCUUGGCAUCGUCAGAUGAAACCCAAGCGCUGGAAGAAGCCAAAGCCUGGCUGGAUCAAUACACAGAGGGUCCAGCCAGCGUGAUUCGGGCUGCAAAAAAGGUGGUGACAGCAGGAAGAGAGCUACCACUGGAAGCAGCCCUAAGGACAGAGAAGGAUAUUUUUGGAACUGUAUGGGGUGGGCCUGCCAAUCUGCAGGCAUUGGUUAGAAGACCAAAACAUAAAUGAUGGUCUUCUUGACCUUUUUGCAAACAAAGCUUUCACUUCAACUUUUUCCCCCACUUCCAGGGAGGCUGUGGAUUCUCCUUCUCUGGAGGUUUUCAAAACCCACUGAUCAGGGUGAACCUGCUUUAGCAGGGGGGUUGUAUUAGAUGAUCUCCUUCCAGCCCCUACCAUUCUGCAAUUCUGUGACUAAAGCAGGAAUUAAACUGAAUUAUUUAAGGACUUACUCAUUUAAACUGG